GUCUGAAGUACAGACAAAAGGAGCCAUUCGGUUUGACAAAAAAGCGUUGAAAGAGUCGUCUUCGUCGUCGUCGUCGUCGUCGUUCUCGAAGGCAGCAGCAUUUGAAAAGAAUUUAAAACAUGUGACAGAAAAGAUUACACCUGAGAAUAUCACAGAUAUAUUAGCACGGUAUACGACGGUACCAGAAGAUGAGCAACGACAAAAACAACAACAAACCCAUGACGAUAAACGUUGGCUAGUUACUGGCUUACAUACUUGCGGUGACUUGGCACCGAUGAUCUUGGAUCUCUUCGCUAAGAGUCGUCAAGUGGCGUGUGUAGUCAAUGUUGGUUGCUGUUAUAAUGCCUUGACUGAAAAAGGGUUUCCUAUGAGCUCUUAUUUACAACGACAACAGAAGACGGAAUCAGCCUUUUACCUCAAUUCAACGUCUCGAGUCUUAUCAUGCCAUUCACCCUCGCGUUGGAUCGAAGAAGGUCAACAAUGCAUUGCAGCGUUUGAUAAUUACUUUUUCAGAGCCUUAUUUCAGGUAAGUUCAAAGACAAGAUGGAAUGCUUUCCGCUCUAUUCAUACAGAUGUUUUUCUGUCUAAAAAGGAAAUGCUUGUCAAUAAAGGCUUGUCAGAUAUCAACGAUCCUCCGAGGUUAGGGCGAAUAAAGCAGAAUAAAGACUUUGUCACCUUUGUAAAAGCAGCACUGAGAAGGAUGAAGUUACCGCCAGAAACGAUAACGGAAGAAGAAGCAAAGUCGCAUCUAUUGGAAGCCAAGAGGAAAAGUCAAGAUAAGCAAUUUAUUAUACUCUGGACGUUAAGAGGAAUGUUGGCGCCAAUACUCGAAAGUAUCAUUUUGAUGGAUCGAUGGCUCUAUUUGAAUGAGACUAUCCAGCAAAAUAGCCGUGAUCAUGUUCAUGAGGAAAAUAGUCAACGAGGUCCCUGGAUGUAUCCUUUAUUUGAUCUUUCUAUCUCUCCCAGAAAUGUAGUCCUAGUUGCAAGCAAAUGAUGAGUAAGGGAAAGGGCGAAGCGGGGGCGGAAAGGUAAACAUACAAAGACUUGUUUUAAAGAAAAGAAUGACCAUUGAUAAUAUACAAAAAUACAAUCAACAUAAAUAGCAGUUGCAUGAGGCGGAGGGAAGUUAUUCUAUCUGUUAAGCAUUUAUUAUUAUUAUCAUUAUUAUU